AUGAAUUUUAGCGCUCUCAGUAUCCUUAAUUCCACGGUCUAUACCAUCCUCACGGUCGUACUCCUCGUUCUCACCCUCCUCACGCCGGGCGAUUUCAUCUACCAAUGUCGCGUCAACCACAGACUCACAAAUAUCAUUAUAGUUACUGGGGUUUAUGUUCUUACGGUUUUGGUCGGUCUGCUGAUCUACGCCAGUCGGAUUUAUACGAAUCGUACCGUGCUCAGUGGGAUCCCGAAAGCAUGGAUACCUGUUUCGAAGGGUGAAGUAGAUAGAAAAGUACAAAAGGCUGUGGAGGAAGGUCUUAAUCGGAGCGCCAUCAUAGCGUUUCAAGCACGACCUCGAAAUGUGUCGGACAAGAAUAGCGAGCCUGUCCAUGACGCUGAGCUUUCAAUUACGCCUGAUCGACCGCCAUGGGGUUCGGUGUCGCAUGCCGGAUGGUCGGCACCGUCGUCUAUUGAUUUUCCGGGACUGCGAUUCGAGUCAGUCAUUGAAGAGUUGCCGCACUUGAUUGAGGCCAAGGCCGUUUCCCUCGUUCCGUCGAAGCCACCGAGAGGGUUCCUCGAUUCUUCGAUAACUGAAGAAGAAUACGACGCUCCAGAUCCACGGUUGGUUGAGCUGCUACAAAGGCCGUCAACGAUGGGACUACGUGAAUAUAUUGCCCACCUUACAGCUUUUGGAUUGAUUAACCCUCCUGAACUGCGACCUGAAUUCUUGGCCAUCUAUGAACGAGCUCGAUUUUCAUCUCGUCCGUUAUUCGAGGACGAGUUUCGCGCCCUGAUGCAAAUAUUUGCCGAAAUCCUGCGCGGGAUGAAGCAGUUGGAUUAUGAAUAUCUGGAAGAAAUUGGAGGACUCGACUCGAGAGCUGAUAGCGAGUCCUUUAUCGGUCCGUCCGAUGAAGAAGGGGAAACCGAUACGUUGAACUCGGAGGAGAAUAAUGUUCCUCUACGGCGUGAAAGGAGUGCGGAUUCGUCGGGGUGGAGCAGUAGCUUUCGAUCCGCGCAUACGGCGCCAAUGGUACCCUCGCCCACGCCCUCUCGGCCUGAGGACCGAUAUGCGAGCGGUUCUCUGCAAAAUCCGUGGUCUACAUCUCUGUCGCGUCCUCGAUCGAUCGCUUCGCAGAGCUCGGGCAGUGGGAGUGUCAUUCGUCUCACGAGGACGCGGAGUCCGACCGAUCUCCCUUAUGAAAUUGACCUGUCAAGGUCGAAUAUUACAGGCUAUGAUCCUUAUAUACCUCUGGAAGUAUUUCUUGGUGUAUUAAGUGCUGCUUUGGAGAGCACUCCGUCACAAAAUACCAUGCAAAAAAUCCUCCGUGCCGGCGCGCAACUCCUAUCUCCGCGAACAGGUAGUCCCGCCACUAUUACGAGUACAGACAACGAAAAAACCACCUUCAAAACAGCUCCCACACAAACCGCUCUAUUCCCCAAAGUCGAUCCAGCAGUAGACGGCGAAGAUUGCGAUCAUGACUGCGCGAGUUGUACCGUUCAUUAUCCGGCUAGGUUUGAUGUGGAGAUGAAUGAUAAAUUGUAUGGACAUGUGAAUGGUUGGUCGACUCAUGUGCUUGUUGCAACGGGCAAGACGGAUUGGGUCAGGGAUGUGGCGGAUGAGAAGGGGAGUGUGAUGGAGGCUAUUGAGAAGGGGGGAUUGACGCCUAGUAAUGGGAAUUUGAAGUUAUCUGCUUCCAAUAUACCGGUUCCGGAUGAAUAUCAUCAUGCCGAAGAAGAUGGGAAUAGACCGACUACUGUUGUCCUCCUGCCGGCAUUCAAAAUCAUUGAUCAUGUUACUCCAGCACUUGCCCCGGACCUGAUAAAGUACUUUGUCAAUCCAUCCAUUACGACAACGACACCGUUACUUCAUAACUCAUCAACAACAGCAUCACCAGAACCCUCUGCCGACAACGUUGAAGAACAAGAUAUCUCAUCAUUAACACUUCUCCGAUCCCGACCCUUACCCCACGCAGCAGUAAUCUUACUCUGCUCACAAAAGACCCGCGACGCACGCUGCGGUCAAUCCGCUCCAUUGCUCAAGCGCGAGUUUGAGCGUCAUUUGCGUACUCUUGGUCUUUACAGGGAUGCCAAUGACGAACGUCCCGGUGGUGUCGCGGUUCAUUUUAUUAGUCAUGUCGGGGGUCAUAAGUAUUCUGCUAAUGUCAUAAUCUAUCGACGACGGGAUUUUGAGUGGUAUAAGAAGAAGAAGGAUGCGGUAGCAGAUACCAAUGAAGAGGGAGAAGAAGAGGAUGAAGGUGCUGUGCAGGGGAUAUGGUUGGCUCGAGUGCGCCCGGAGGAGUGUGAGAAUAUUGUUAGGUUUACUGUUUUGCAGGGUAAACUUGUUAAACCGGAUCAGUUACGGGGUGGGUUUGAUAGAGAGAAGGGGUUGAUUAGUUGGUGAUUAGAUGUUUUGGAAAGAACCUAUAGCUAGAUGUUCUUUCCCCUGGUUUGGGUAUGCGGAUAGACGAAAUAGAUCCAUAUUCAUUGCUUUCA